GAGUUUGUAAGAAAACACUCGAACGAAACGAAAUUCAUUUUUAUUGAUAAAUAUUAUCGUUCUCAUCUUUUGAGUCCAAAAAAGCAAGUAAAGUUGACAGAUCAGUAGUGAACAAACCGCUGAUCUAGUUCACUUAAAGUGCCAGGAGUCAUAUUUCAUAAUAGGAGAUAAUACCGCUUGCUGACCAUGUGGAGUGUGGCGCACCUGUGCCGGUGCUCGGGCCUGCGGGCGCCGUCGCUCGUGGUGGCCGGGGGACGGAAUGGAUUCACACAGCUAGCUGCCCGGCAGCUGGCUCCUGCUCGCACAAGUUCUACCUUGGGAUGCAGCAAAAAUAGAGUAUUUAGGAUAAGCGAGCUCCUAAAAUCAAACAACAUAGUAGCUCGCCUCUGCUCCACGCCACCGAAGCCCAAACCAAGCAAGGCAGUCGGCUACUGGCUGCUCGGCUGUUCUGGAAUGGUGUUCACUGCCGUUGUGCUAGGUGGUGUGACGCGCCUGACAGAGUCCGGUUUGUCUAUGGUGACGUGGAAACUGCUGGGGGAAAAACUUCCCACCACCGAGGCCGAGUGGGAGGCCGAGUUCAACAAGUAUCAACAGUUCCCAGAAUAUAAAUAUAAAAACCAACACAUAACCCUCUCAGAAUUCAAAUGGAUCUGGUGGAUGGAGUUCGCGCACCGCUCGUGGGGGCGCUGUAUAGGGGCGGCCGUGUUCCUGCCCGCCGCCUUCUUCUGGACGAGGGGGUAUCUCGACAAGGGGAUGAAGGUCAGGGUGGGGGUGUACUGUGCUCUAGUCGCUGCUCAGGGUCUGAUGGGCUGGUAUAUGGUCCGCUCCGGUCUCGAAGACCGUUUCCAAGGUCCGUCAGACGUACCCCGUGUGUCACAGUACCGUCUGGCUGCACAUUUGGGUCUGGCCUUUAUUCUAUACGCAGGCCUUCUUGGAGGGGCUUUAAGGGUGCUCCGCCCCUUCCCGCCGGGCACUUUACAGAAGAUUAAGGAGUUGAAAAGUGUGACGGCUUUGGCGCACUCCGUAAAGGCGAUGGCUUUUUUCACUGCUUUAUCAGGUGCUUUCGUAGCGGGUUUAGACGCGGGCCUGGUCUACAACUCGUUCCCCAAAAUGGGAGACAACUGGAUACCGGACGACAUUCUGGCGUUCGCUCCUACUGCGAGAAACUUUACCGAAAAUCCUACCACAGUGCAGUUCGAUCAUCGCGUGUUGGGCACGACGACGCUGGCGCUGGCGACGGCGCUGUUCCUGAAGAGUCGCGGCGCGCCGCUGUCGCCGGCCGCGCGGCGGGUCGCGUGCGCCGUCGGCGCCAUGGCGUGGAUGCAGGUGGGGCUGGGCAUCGCCACGCUACUCCACUACGUCCCAACUCCGCUAGCCGCGAGCCACCAGUCCGGCUCACUACUACUACUCACGCUAGCUAUCUGGCUCACACACGAAGUCAAGCUCCUCAAAUAUAUACCUAAAUGAACACAGCCUUAAAACUUUUGUACAGUCAGCACCAAAAGUUGCUAAGCGGUCGAGGUGUUCAAAAUUACAUUGAUAUGCUCUUAUUCUCUUAACCUCCUAAGGCCCAGCCAUACAUAUGCAAAACCAAAAAUUUGCCAAUGAAAUUUGAACCUAUAGUACAGGUAAUAGGGUUGAUUUUUGUUUGAUUUAAUAUCUACCGAAACAAAAGGAAUGCAACCCUGUCCCAAUUGAAUACGGUUUAAAUUUCAUCAAACUGAAUAAGUCCUAUAGGUAGUAGUACCUUGGGCCUUAGGAGGUUAACAAUAAAGUGGCGUCAAGAUCAUUUUGAACACCUCACCCGCUUAGCAACUUUUGCUGCUGACUGUACCAAGCAUUAGCAUGCGCAUUAGUCAAAAUGUGAAAUGCACAUUUUGACGACAUAAGAGGGCGAGAAUAAGUUAAUGUAAGGUGGGGUAAGACUAACAGUAUGAGGAUUCCAUACAAGUGAUAGUCUGAUAGUCUUACCUCGGUGAUAGUCUUAGGUAUACUCGUACCUUACCAUAAAUAAAUCCAAAUACAGAAAAUGUAACAUUACACAUGAGGAAUAUGAUGUUUCACCUUUUAAUUUUGCUUAGUUUAGUGAAAGAUAUUUCAAUACGUUGCGUUUGCAAACGUUCUAAAAAUUACACCAAGCAAGUACAGAUAAUCCUUUACCAUCGUAUUUUUAGGGUUCCGUACCCAAAGGGUAAAACGGGACCCUAUUACUAAGACUUCGCUGUCCGUCCGUCCGUCCGUCAGUCACCAGGCUGUAUCUCACGAGCCGUGAUAGCUAGACUAUAACAACAAAUACUAAAAACAGAAUAAAAUAAAGAUUUAAAUGGGGCUCCCAUACAACAAACGUGAUUUUUGACCAAAGUUAAGCAACGUCGGGAGGGGUCAGUACUUGGAUAGGUGACCGUUUUCUUUUUGCUUUUUUUUUGUUUUUUUUUUUUGCAUUAUGGUACGGAACGCUUCGUGCGCGAGUCCGACUCGCACUUGCCCGGUUUUUCUAUAAAACGUUCGUAUUUGUCGUGCUACUUCAGUCAGCGUCAGUAGCUUUUGUACUGUGACUGACUGAAAUAGCAUGACACGUUGCUACGUUUCCGCGAAAAUACGAUGGUACGGAUGUAGUGCAUAAUAAUUUUCCUUCGUAUUUUCGCGGAACCGUACGAACGUGUCUUGAUAUUUCAGUCAGUCUCGGUACAAAAAGUACUGAGAUUGACUGAAGUAGCAUGACAAAUACGAACGUUUCCGGGAAAAUACGAAGGAAAAUAAUCAUGCACUAUAUCUGUAAAGGAGUCUGCACUACAUAUGUAAUAUUUGUUUCAUUGGACUGAUAUCACACUUAUUACGAUAUAUGAAAAAAAUUUUUUGUAUCUUUACUUGGCCGUGGUAGAAUCAUCGAUUCAUUUUGUAGCAAUUUCGUAAGUUUAGUCUUGACCUAUUGUUAUUUGUUACUACAAAAAAAAUCGUCGAUAAUAUGAUGUAUCGGCCUCCGCCCUCGCCUUAAUGGUAGACCUUACGUUCCUAGUCGAUAUGAUAUAUUUAUAGUAUAUUUUUGCGCCCAUACAUUCAUCAAAACGACUGUCAUUCAUUUGAACUGAUGCGUAUGGCAAGAAUAUCAUACAUGAAAUAGAAUACUAUAGGUAGUAUAAUUUAAGUUCUUAAGGGUAAUAAAUGUCAUAAUUGAUUAUCAGUAUUUAAGACGCAUUUAUUUUGCACUUCACAUCAUCACCUUUAUUACAUAUGCCAUAAGGUCGUUAUCUAAGAAUAAAAGACGAAAUAUUAUUCACAAGUGGUUUUAUUUGAAAAUUUAAAAUGCUAAUAUUGCUUACACACUGAAAACUCUUUAUAUACAAAAUUGCCAGUUUAUACUUUGAAAUUAGUGUUAAUUCGUUCAACAAAGAUAAUUUAUUCCAAGAUUAAUAUUUUGCCAUACAAUGUUAACUUUGGACCGUGCAUGUUGGAUAGGGUCUGCCAUCUUGUGGCCUAAAUCGGAAACUUGAACUUGGCAUUUACAGUUUGCAGUAAACAAGCCACCUGAGCUGCCCCCUACAGUUCAUGCACGAUCCAUAAAGAAACAGUAUUUAUGACAGAUUUUUUAUUUGAGAAAUAAAAACAGAUUUAUUAUAUACCGGGUGUGGCCUGUAAUAUGAGCAAAAAAUUAAACCGUAAGCUGUACUCCUCAUACUGACCAACAUUUGUUCAGCGACUUUUAAAAAUAACUUAUGGUUAGAUUUUUAAUACACUUUAAAGUUUAUUCUAAGACGUAAUGUAUUGCAAAUUUUGUUAUGUUUAAGGCAUGCCAAUGACAAGCAACGUCAGUCACAAUGAUAAUGGCGCGGCGAUGGCGUCCAUUGAAGAUAAUACAUUUUUUUUUUAAUAGGGAAUCUAAACACUACAGAAUUUUUAAAAGUUGCUGUACAAAAGUGUCACCGUUUGAGGAGUACAAUCUAUGUUUUAAUUAUUGUCUCGUGCUACAGGCCACACCCGGUAUGUAUUUUCACAACAGAAUUUGCUAUAGAGGUACUUAGGCCUGUUCAUCGAGUUUACAGUAUACAAUUCUCCCUCUAAAUAAUAAAAAAAAUGUCCCUAUCAAUUUGACGCAAAAUAUAUAUAAUCAAAUAUUUAAAUCUUAAACUUGUACAGUGGCGCCACAGGUGGCUAGCAAUGGUACUAUAUGGUAUGGUAUUAUAAAUGAAAGUCACCAUAAUUUACAAUUACAAUGGUAUUUUGUAGUAUUUUGUACGCAAACGUGUGCAAACCAUUUAUAAUGAGACGCAUGUUUAAUAUUCAUUGAUUGAAUAAGGUAAACGAAGUAAUGUGUAAGACAAAUUAAUCCUUCGAAUUUGACAGUUUAUGCAGAUGGCGCUCUGAGUCUACAUAUGCGUUAACUCUGGCUGUCGAAUGUUGACGUUUGACAUUUCUAUGGAGGGUAGAGGUAAGGAGAACAAUGUAUCAAAUAGUGUCAAAAAACCAUAAAUAGGUGGCGCUACAAUACCUACAAUAUUUGAUAAAAGACCUCAAAUCAUUGACAGCGCAAUUCACUCCGUCAAUAACGGCUACAUUCUUAGCGACUCUAGCGCUACU